AUGAGACCUCAAACAGCCAAACCCAAAUUGGCAACAAACGAGUAUACAAAAGAGAUAGAAUUCUUAAAACAAUAAAAGUUGAUAGCAUAUGGUGGAGAUCCAUCCAAUUUACCUUAGAUAUUUUAGAAAAAUCCAGCAUUUCUAGUUUUGGAUGAGCUAUAAGCAGAACUUUUUAAUGCCAGAUGUCACGACACGGGUGAAACUGUAUCAAUUGAAAGAGCAAAAAUCUUCAAAGAGGAGUUCAAUAAGAUCAAUUCAAAAAAAUUCCCUGAUGUAUUGAAUUUAUAUUCGAUGAGACUAGGAGUUACAACUUUGAUAGCCUUAGCAAAUCAAAAGCCUAUCUAAACAACUAUAAAUCUAGCAGACAAUACAUUAGGAGAUUACGCAGUUCAUGCCAUCAAAACAUUAUUAGCUAACUCCCAGAUCAAGAAUCUCAACUUAGCUUCCAAUAUGAUAAGCCAUAUAGGAUUGGGAUAGAUUAUAGAUGACCUCUGCAAGAAUCAGACAUUGAAAGCUUUGGAUUUGGGAGUGCUAGAUGGCAGCAUACGAAAAAAUGCUCUUGGUUUUGAAGGAGCAAAACAUAUAGCCCAAUUGUUAUUGUCUAAUAAAAAGAUUGAAACUUUAAGGUUGUAAGAUAAUGUGAUUACAACUGCUGGUGGAGAAUUUAUUGGUCAAGCAUUGAAAACCAAUUAGAACAUUAAGCAUUUAAAGAUAGCAGAAAAUGAUUUGAAAAUAGCAGGAAUAGAAACUAUUUUAUUAAAUGGGUAGAAUUUAGAAUCUUUGGAUUUGUCUAAGAACAAUAUUCGUCCAACAAUUAAGUUUCAGGAGUAUUUGAUGAAUAAUAGAACAUUGAAGAGAUUGAAUUUAGAAUUUAAUGAUUUAGGUCCGAAAGGAGUAGAGUACUUGGCAAAUGGGAUAAUUUAACAAUAAUCUGGAUUAAUUUCACUGAAUUUAAGAGGAAAUUAAAUUAGAGAUGAAGGACUGCAAGUGUUAUCAGCAGCAAUUUAUGAGAGUGAAUCUUUAUCUGAAUUAGAUAUCUCUUUGAAUGACAUUACGCCUGAUGGAAUUAGAUAUUUGGCUGAUGUAUUACCGAAUAGUCAGAUUAAAGUAUUAAAUUUAUCAAAGAAUUUGUUGGGAGAUGAGUCAAUGAUUAUGUUGUGUAACAAUAGGAUAAUGGAGAAGUUGGAUGUAUCAUCAAGUAGAGUGGCAGAUUAAGGGUUCAUGACAUUUUUAACAUUCAUAGGAGAAUCUACCAAUUUCACUCAUUUGAAGGCGAAUGAUAAUUACAUAAGUGAGAAAGUGGAGAAGCUGAUUUUGGAGAUCAUAGAGAAGAAUCAAGUCAUAAUAGAUUUGUAAGUAACAGGGAAUAGAUUAUCAUUAUGUUGUUUAAAUAGGAUUCAGAAGAUAUUGUUGAGAAAUUAAAAGAUAUUAGAAGAGAAGGAGCCAAGCAAGAUCAGAACUGAAAUAUACAGAUUGAAAUACGAAUAGAAGAAGAUUUAAAUAGCAAAGGAUAAGUUGUCAUAAUAGGAGAAGGAGAUUCUAUAGAUUGAGGAUAAGAAAUCGUAGGUGAUAGUUGAGAUGGAGAGAAUUAAGCAGUAAGAAUAAAGCAAAAGGGCUGGAUUGCAAGAGAGAAUCACUGAUUUGCUGAAUCAAAUAGAGAAGAAGAAGAAGAUAAUAGAGGACAAGUAGGCUGACUUUGAGAGAUCAAAGUAAUUGAAAUAGCAGGAAUUAGAUGCUUAGAGGAAUGACUAUUAGGUUGUAUAUCAGAAAAGGAAGGAAUUGGAGUAGGAGUUUGAAAGGUUACAAAAGGAGCUGGAUACGCAGGAGUAGAAAUUUAAGGAUGAACAGUUUAAAUUGGAAGAUGCAAUAGCAGAGAAGAAGGCCAAGGGAGAGGAGAUUGAGAAGUAGACAGCAUAGUUGAGAGAAGAGUUGAUGAAGCUAUAGAAGCAAUAAUUUGAGUAGAACAAUUAGGCGGAGAAGGAGUAGUAGAUCUAGCAAUAGCAGCAGGUGAUCAAUGAAAAGGAGGAGAAGGCGGAGAAUGAUAAGUAGCUGGAAUAGGGUAAUAAGAAUGAUGAGAAGUAGAAACCCAAGAAAGCCACUAAGAAGGGGAAGAAGAAGAAAUGAAUAAAUACUUAUAUUAUAUAAUUUAUGCAAAACUCAUAACUAA